AUGGCUGGUCGACGGGAUAGCUAUGGAAAGCGGUCUCAUUCUCAGUCAGAUUAUGGUGAAAACGGGGGAAAUAAAAGGAGAAAUACUAGAAAUGAUAAGGAUCCUUUCUCUAUUGGCCCUGAUGAUACAGUAUAUCGGUACUUGUGUUCAGUAAAGAAGAUUGGCAGCAUCAUAGGUAAAGGUGGGGAGAUUGUUAAACAAUUAAGGGUGGAUACGAAAUCAAAAAUUAGAAUUGGAGAGACAGUACCUGACUGUGAUGAACGUGUUGUCACCAUCUACAGCUCAAGUGAAGAAACAAACGAGUUUGAUGGCACUGAAGUUCGUGUUUGUCCAGCUCAGGAUGCCCUUUUCAGAGUAUAUGAUAAAAUUAUCAGUGAUGACACUACUGAUGAGAACUCUGAGGAAGCAUCACAGGUUACUGUUAAGCUUUUAGUACCUUCAGAUCAGAUUGGAUGUAUUAUUGGGAAAGGGGGACAGAUAGUUCAGGACAUUCGAAGUGAAACUGGUGCUCAGAUUCGUAUUUUGAAAGAUAAGCAUUUGCCUGCAUGUGCAUUGAGCUCAGACGAACUUGUGCAGAUAUCUGGUGAAGUUGCUGUAGUGAGGAAGGCUCUCUUUGAAGUUGCAACUCGUCUUCACAAUAAUCCAUCCCGUACCCAACACAUUCUAGCCUCCGAUGCACCAACUAUCUACUCCUCGCGCAGCUCACUUAUUGGUUCUGCUGGUGGUGCUCCAAUAGUGGGAAUAGCUCCUUUAGUGGGGCCAUAUGGGGGUUACAAAGGGGAGAGCAGUGAUUGGUCAAGGUCUUUCUACUCUGCUCCAAGGGAUGAAUCAUCUUCAAAGGAAUUUUCUCUUCGUUUAGUGUGUCCUGCUGCAAAUAUCGGAGGUGUUAUUGGCAAAGGUGGAGUCAUAAUAAACCAAAUUAGACAAGAGUCUGGUGCAGUGAUCAAGGUUAAUAGUUCUAAUGCUGAAGGUGACAAUUGUGUGAUUUCUAUUUCUGCAAAAGAGUUUUUUGAGGACACAUAUUCUCCCACAAUUGAAGCAGCACUGCGCUUGCAACCAAGGUGCCGUGAGGAAGUGGAACGGGAUUCAGGUCUUAUAUCAGUCACCACAAGGUUGCUGGUUCCAGCAUCUCGAAUCGGCUGUCUUAUUGGGAAAGGAGGAUCCAUAAUUAAUGAGAUGAGGAAAAUCACAAAAGCUAAUAUUCGCAUUCUCUCGAAGGAAGAUCUUCCAAAGGUUGCAUCUAAUGAUGACGAGAUGGUACAGAUAUCAGGAGAUCCAGAUGCUUCAAAGGAUGCACUCAUGCAAGUAACAUCACGUUUAAGGGCUAAUCUUUUUGAAAAAGAGGGACCCAUGUCUGCCUUUGUGCCAGUUCUCCCCUACCUCCCCAUGUCAACAGAUUCAGAUACCUUGAAAUAUGAACACAGAGAUACUAGGAGACAGGGACGUGAACAUUCCUACUCAGCUGGUUAUGGUGGUACUAGUGACCUUCCACAUGCUGAUGGUUUUGGAAGUUAUGGUACUCUCCAGAGUAGUAGCAGUGUAGGAUAUGGGGCAUAUGAAGGAUAUUCCCCUGCUUAUCCAAAAGAAGGAUAUUCCCAUGGGCGUUCCAGUGGAUCCGGGUCAUCAAGGCAAAACUCUGCCCCCCGGAGAAAAAGUUAUGGUUACUAGAGCUUGUAACAGGACCACAGAGGAUAUAGUGGAGCUAUAGAAUGUGCUUACAGCUUAAGCUACAGGGGAGCAUACAGUUUUCUGUAGACACUGGAUCUUCUAUGCAGUGAUCUGUGUGGUUUAGUAGUGCUAGAUGUAUGAGUAUAUGCCAAAAUGCAGUGAUAUAAUUUUCGUUCUGUUUCACUGUGGAAUCUGAUAGCCUUUUGGCAAGUAUAGGUUGGAAUUAAAUUGAAGCAGGUAAAAAUCGUAUGGUAAGUCUCUCAUUCUUAUUCAAAAGUGCUUACUUUUGUUAUAAGAUUCACCUAUAAAAAUAAAAUAAAAUAUGUGAUAUGCCUGCAAGCUCUGAUCAGCAUGUUUACUGGAACUUAUAUGCAAAAAUAGGUAUUGUGUAUGUUGUGUGUUUGUUUGAUCAGACUGUUGUUUCAAAAUCUGCGAUCUCUUCUUUGUUUGUUGGAUACAGUCAGUGUGUUUACUACUGCUGAUGCCUUUUAUUAUUGCUCCUAUUAUGGAAUGCUCUAUUAUUUGAGAGUGGUGGGGGUUGAGUUGAAGAGGCGGGGUGCGGGGUUUCUGUCUUGAAGAAGAGUGUUAUAGCGUUGUGAGAAUGUACUUGUUUACAAAGACAAAUUAUGGGGUAUGAGAAGUUGAUCUCUUACAAGUACUUGCUUAGUGGGAGAUGUUGAUUAGAAGUUGCUCUUCCUGCGUAGAAUAUGAAGAAUAAUUUGUCUUUGUGGUUGAGCGUACACAGUUGUUGCAUGUAGUUCAUUGACUGAAGUUGCAGCCGGUGAUACGACACAGUUGUUUCACGGGGUGAUAGAUCUUUUGGUCUUUUGUAAUUUUAUUUUUCUUUGAUGUAAUAUUCAAGUAUUUGUAAAAUACAACCAUUUCGACGUAAUAUUGUGCCUAAGAUUUGGAUGUAAAAAACACCAAAUCCAAUUGUAGCUUAUGAUCA